UCGAUGAUGAACAGUUCACGUCUCCUAUCGUGUAGACUGCACCGGUCAGUCAAAAUUCUGACAAUAUGGACUUCAUUCUGCUACCUCUUAUUCAGAUUCCUUGAUGUUGAGAUAGGAUCUACUAAAGAAAUAAAAGAGGUCCCACAAUUAGCUUGUCAGUUUGAGAGCGUCAAAACCAGAAACCAAAGUGUGAGAGGAAAUUAUACAGGACAAAUGGAGUUUACUGUAGACCUUACUUCAAAGGAGACUUGUGCUCCUUACCAUAAAGUUGUCUUUGCUAAAACACAUAAAACCGGUAGCUCUACACUUCAAAACGUGUUCUUCAGGUAUGGAAGUGAAAAUGGUUUGACCUUCGCAAUGCCGGAGAAGUCUUGGAUGUUUCCAUUCAAGGAACCCUUUAACUCAAGUAUGGUGCUGGAUCUACCAUGGGCUAAACUAGGAUAUGAUAUCUUUACCUUCCAUAGUAUAUGGAAUUAUGCUGAAAUAAAGAAGGUUCUACCCACAGCUGUUUAUAUCACAAUUCUUAGGGACCCUGUUGAUUGCUUCGAAUCCAACUAUGUAUAUAUGGGCCUGCAGAAUUUAUACAAAAUGGACAUCAACGAAUUUGCAAAAUUUAAGGACUCCAGACACAUGGUCAGACCAUCAAAAGCAAUCAUAGGAAAAAAUCAGAUGCUAUGGGACCUGGGCCUAGAUUGGAGAGAAAUGGAAAACAUAACUUUAGUACAAAGCAAGAUAAAAGAUCUUGAUUCUCAGUUUCAUUUUGUAUUGUUUGCUGAACAUUUUGAUGAGUCUCUAGUAAUGCUUGCCAAAAUUCUCUGUUGGGAUUUAGAAAAUAUGAGGUAUCUGAAGCAAAACAUGAGAAAAGCAGAAAAAGUUUCUGUCAUAAGUUCAGGAGCCAGAGAAACACUGAGUAAAUGGCUUCAGGCAGACUAUAUGCUUUAUGAUCACUUUCUAGAGAAGUUUAAGAGGGAAAGAGAAAGUUAUGGUUUGGAAAAGCUAGCAACAGAUGUGCGCAGAUUGGAGUUGUUAAAUCUACAGCUAAAAGAGGACUGUGUAAUAGAAGUAGCUGAUAAUAGUAAACUAGCAGGAGAGUUCAGAAUGGCAGUUUCUAUGGUUGAAGGCUAUUUGAUCAAUGAAACAAAGCCAUGGUGUGCUCCAUAUGCAAGAAGUGAACCCAGUUUCACUGUACAUGUCAGGAAACAACAAAUGGCCAGAGCGGGUUAUGAUACCUUGACACUUCAUAACAACAAAAAACUAAGUGUACUGAAUAAGGGAAUGGAGAAACAUGAAAAGACGGAGACAAAAAACAAAAUAGAAGAUAAAAAUUUGCUCUGAUUUUAUGAUUUUUUCCUUGACAUGUGAUACAUUUCUUGUGAUAUUAUUGAAAAUUCAGUCCAAAGUCUAGCUGUAAUUUUUCAGAUACACCUGUCUAAAUAUUGUGAAUGUUAAAAAAUAAAAGUAUAAUAAGAGUU